UGGCUUUGCUUUCACAGCCGUACCCUCGAUGGAGCAGCGGCCGCGCGUGCAACAUAGCCGCAGUGACAGAAAGGAUUAUUGUCUACGUCUGUGCUUUAGGCCGGCCUGAGCCAAGUAAGCGGCCUUACUUCUGGCCGGCUGGAAGAGGAAACUUGCAAGUUGCAUGCUACCGGUAGCUCUGGCUGUAGAGAGUGUGCCACGGGUGAUGUGUUCUGCAUUUUGUGCGAGUUAAGACUUUGGAAAUCAGUAUGGCUGUUGUGCCUCGCAAUUUCCGUCUUCUAGAAGAGUUGGAGGAAGGUCAAAAGGGCGGUGAAGGUUUCGUGAGCUGGGGAUUGUUUCGUGAUGAUGACAUCCUGCUAAUUAAUUGGUCUGGCAUGAUCCUGGGCCCUCCUCGGACUGCUUUUGAAAAUCGUAUGUAUAAUUUGACACUGGAGUGUGGCAGCUAUUAUCCUAAACAGCCUCCCGAAGUGCGCUUCACUACUAGGGUCAACCUGAAUGGUGUCGAUGCGCAUGGCCAUGUUGACAGAAGGAUGUUCUCCUCGCUGUCAAACUGGCAGCCGAGUAACACUUUAAAGACUGUGCUGACAAACAUACGGGAAUCUAUGGGAUUAAAAGAAAAUGCCAAGUUACCACAACCUCCUGAAGGAUCCACAUAUUGAAGAUGAUGGUUUAUGUCGAGACCGCUACCCACCACCCUGCAUAACAUGCAGCAGACAUCGCGUACUAAGACAACAUACACGUACAUGUAAUGGAGGACAAAUCAGUGACACAUACAAUUUGCUUCGCUUUAAGUCUUAUGUUUCACUCCUUGUAAAGAGUUGUAUGCUUUUCACUGUUACUGUUUCAACUCCUGAUACCCUGUUACUUGUUCUGCAUUGCUGAAACAUCAGAUCUUUGAAGUUGUUACAUUUUUGUGACUUUUGUAAAACCCAAAUCAUACUGGUAUCAUGUGACAGCAGUGAAGCAUUUGAUUGGAUGGCAUCUUUUCCACUUUGUCCAGCUGAUGUUGUGCAUGAUUUCAUGGGAGCAGGGCAAAUUGCAUGUGAGCUAUGUGAAAUGGAUCGCCACAAAACAUGCUUUCUGAAUCAAACUUCCCCUUUUCAAAAUGGCACUCCAAAGACAUUCCACCAAGCUUUGUUCUUAUUAAAAGACAAGACUCGUUUUGGAAAUCCAAAACAAGUUCAAUUUCGAUAGGCAAGACAAAACAUGGCACUCAUGCAGGCCCAUAUGUCGAAAGCUUCAUCAAAUAACACAAAACAAGCUCACACGGUAUCGCAACCUUGUAUGACCCACAGUGCUCUACCUACAUAUUUGUCGUCUGAAUGAGCAUAAACCCAUCGCUACUGAGCCUAGCCGCAUAGUUGUGGUAACGAGUCUGUGUCCUUGGCUGACACUUGCUGUGAAUGACACCCCCGAGGGCUCACAUGUACCUGUAUACAGAGUUCAUAUGUCCAAUGUUUUAUUGAGCAGUGGUUCCUACGGCGUUCUCUAGAUGAAGAUACAUGCAUGGUAUUGGAUUGAUUUGAGUUUGGCUGGCAUUCUUCGGAGCAAAACUGGUCCUUUCUGGCUCUACUGUUGAACUUUCUCAGAAUUUUAUUUUUGUGGUGUUAGGGUGGUUGGAAGAGGGGGUCACUAGGAUGUCCCUAACAUUGGGCUAUAGGGAGAGUGUUUUGAAAUACAAUGUACAAUCAAUACAUGGUAUAAUUAUCUUGAUGUUCGCAUAGAGCAGAGCUGUAAUGAAGUCAUCACAGGCCAGUGCCAGUCAAUCUCUGGCAUAAGUCAUCAAGGUAUUAAGAUUUGAAGCUUAGCGCAGGGAAGGUGUGAUGGGUACAAGACCUGUGGUGACUCCAUGAAGAAACAAGCUCUCUUGAGAAGUGUGGUUGUGGCCAGAACCAGUGGUUUGUCCCUAGUAGUUUAGGACUAACAUUUCGACAGUAGGCUCUGGGUUCUUUUCAGGAAGAAUGCUGGACUCCAUGAAGCAGUGCUGCCGAAGCACCACUGUGUAGGCAGGAGCGUACUAGUCGACGCAAUCAAUUGCAAAUCCAUUGGUUCUUGUUGACAUGAUCACAUAAGAGAAUAUUCCUACGUGUACAUGGGUGCCGCGGCAGGCCUCAAUUCAUCUUCUCCCAAGUUCUCAGUCUGCAUAAUCUCCACUUGUUCCAUGUCCGUUUUCCGUGUUUCACCUCUGUACUACUGGCACGCAUGGUCACGUGAAACACGGGAAAUGUACGGGUAAUCAUAAAAAGACACCUUCAUGCAAGGCAGUUCAUGCGCUUCACAUGUAUACAUGUCAACAGUGACGUUACCGUUCUUUAGUCUUUGUUCAUCACCUGCUGCGUGUACUUGCAGCCUGACCAGCAGGACCUGAUUACAGCUCUUUGCACAGAGGGCAUGCAGCAAUGCAAAGAAAAGCUUUUCUAAGCAAUGGGGGGUUUUGUUAAAGGUUACUUCAAAAGAAUGGGAUAAGGGGCAGGAGUUGUAAUUCAUGCUUUCUCCGUGCUUCUAGAUUCAGGCGUGGCCCUCUGGUUAUUGUACCUGUAGUAUCCAUUCUGUGUAAACCCCUUUGUAAAUUCUUGCAAACCCCCCCUCCCCCAAAAAAAUGACAACAGAAAUUUAGAAAUCGACAAACAUUGCCUGAAACAGUUUGUGUGAAUUUGAAGAUGUGGUUGAAAUCUUGUUCAAGGUAAUUUACCGUGACUUCAUUCAUUCACGAGAGGGCGCUGUGUAAUUCUGCCACACAACUGUCUCCAACAUAUUUGCAUUACACGUAUGCGUAUCAAAGUGUCCAACAGCCACUCGAUAGAUUUUUUUAUUUUACGGUCCUCCAGUGAUGUAUUGCAUUUGAUUUCCACGAUUAAUGUUGUUCAGGGCAAUUAUUUCGUAUACUUUCCAAAUUAUUUUUAGUAAUUAAUGUAGACCAUCCCUUCCUGAGUAGUUGAGUGUGUAUUACUGAUUGCCAUUUUAAUAAUACAGUACAUCUUUUUUUUUUUUGAGGGAAGGCGUUCCAAUAUUUUGGGGUCUCUUUUCCACACCCUACCUAUCUGAAUACGAAACAUGUCAGUUUUACGCUGAGUUCAGGGUUGUAGCACAAGAAAGUGAUU